UUGUAAUGUCGAGGCCCCUGCAUCGUGCCCUCCUCACCCCAUGAUGGUGGCGAGACUGACAGUCCCUUUAACAACUCGGGGUUUCCAGGCUGCGGCUUUGCUCACACCAUUAUCACAGCGAAUUGACGACGUCUGAGCCACCACGACCGGCACGGCCUGUCUACCUCGCAUUGAACACAACUCCCAGCCGGCCCCGUCCCCUCACGGCCCAUCAUGGCAGACGACGACCCCACGAGCACCUCUGCUCCCGACCUCCAGAUCCUCGGCGACAAUGUCACCCUCCAACCCAGCGGCUAUCUCAAGCCGAGUAAUACCCGCGACAAUGAGAAGGAGGAGGCCCUCAUGAAGCACAUGGCGCGCUUCCGUUCUGAACCUCUACAAUUCCUCCGCGAAGUCUCCCUCUACGUCUCUGGCACCGGCUGGCGGGCCUACGACAAUCCUAUCGGCCAACCCGUGUUCUACAAUGGCUUCAGCGAUAGAAUGAAAGACUGUGUGCUGUCGGCGCCGCUCCUGCAGGACCGUAUCCGCGACCUCGCCGACAAGCGCAUUGCUGUCGAGGAGAAGGAGGGCCUUUUGAGCAGAAAUGACCGUGACUAUGCGCUGAAGCGGGCGCAGAGGCGGGCAGUCAUCGAGUCGGGAAUACAAGAGGUCGCAGAGAAGAUGACGGACGACAUGAUCUGCAAGAUGGAGAGCAAGACGUUCAUCCGCGGCGCAUACUACUUCGCGACCCAACUGACGCUUCGGGCGUACCAUCAAGGUAUCCACGUGUCGAGCGAAGAGGUUCUGCGCUUGAGAAAGGUCGCUGAGGAGGCCCAGCGGAACAAGCAGAGCAUCAUAUUCUUGCCGUGUCAUCGGUCGCAUGUCGACUAUGUCUCGCUGCAGCUCAUUUGCUAUCGCUUGGGACUGACGCUGCCCACGAUUGUGGCUGGCGACAACCUCAAUUUCCCUGCCGUCGGUAGCUUCCUCCAGCAUGCUGGCGCUAUGUGGAUCCGGCGCUCGUUUGGCGACGAUAUACUGUACACAACAUUGGUGCAGACCUACAUCGAUACGCUCUUGCAGCAGGGCUUCAAUUUCGAGUGCUUCAUCGAAGGUGGCCGCUCACGCACAGGAAAACUGCUGCCACCAAAGUAUGGUAUUCUCAGUUUUGUCCUCGACAGUAUCCUCUCUGGACGAACCAAGGAUGCCAUCAUCUGCCCUGUCAGCACACAGUACGACAAGGUCAUUGAGACCGAGAGUUACGUCACUGAACUGCUCGGCGUGCCCAAAAAGAAGGAGAACCUAGCGGACUUCCUAACUGGUGGCUCGUCCGUGCUGUCCUUGAAGCUUGGCCGCGUUGACGUGCGUUUCCACGAGCCGUGGAGCCUUCGCGGCUUCAUUGACGAGCAGCUGACAAAGAUUGCCAAAGUGCCUCAGGGAUUGAGCUUGGAUGUAAAGAACCCCGAGAAUAUCGGCAUUCGGCUGAAGCUCCUCCGAACCCUCGGAUACAAGGUUCUCGCCGACAUCAAUGACGUGUCUGUCGUUAUGCCGACGGCCCUGAUCGGCACCAUCCUGUUGACACUACGAGGCCGCGGCGUUGGUAAGACGGAGCUCGAGACGCGUGUGCAAUGGCUCACCGAUCGCGUCAGGGCAAAGGGUGGCCGCGUGGCUCACUUUGGCAAUGCACCAUUAUCGGAGAUCAUCGAGCGAGGCCUGGAGGUGCUUGGCAAAGAUCUGGUCGGUGUCGUCGGUGGCCUCCCAGAGCCGACAUACUUUGCCGUCGACCGCUUCCAGCUGUCGUUCUACCGCAACAUGACCAUCCACUUGUUCAUCUCCGAGGCCCUGGUCAGUGCUGCCAUGUACACAAAGGUCAAGCAGGGCGGCGGCCCCUCGACGCAGGAUAUCCCUAUCGAGGAACUGUUGGCUCAAAUUCAGUUCCUCUCUUCCCUGUUCAGAGGAGAGUUCAUCUUCCCAAGCGAGGGCCUCGCAGCGAACUUGGAAAAGAGCCUGCAUGAGCUGGAGAGGGAUAACAUUAUCACUGCCGAGAGAGAUGACGCAGGCAAGGCAGUCAAGAUUGGUCUGUCGGCCGAGGAGCGGGCAGCGGGCCGCGAGAACUACGAUUUCUACUGCUUUUUGAUCUGGCCGUUUAUCGAGGCGAGUUGGCUGGCGGCUGUAUCCCUCAUGGGGCUGACGCAGCCUCUGGACGAGAAGGAGGACAUCUGGAUUGAGGUCGCCAAGGCGCAGAGCAGCGCCCAGCUGCUCGGAAAAACACUCUACCACCAGGGUGAUUUGAGCUACUUCGAAGCCGUCAACAAGGAAACGCUCAAAAACUCCUACCAGCGUUUCGAGGAAGAGGGAAUUCUUCAAGUAGUCAAGUCCAAGGACCCCAAGGUCCCACCACGCCUGCGCUUGAACCCAGACUGGAAGCCAUCACGCGACCCUGCGACGGGUGAACUUAUUGCCGACGGACGGCUGUGGGAGUUUACCGAGAAGAUCGCCAGCAGUCGACGUGAAGGAAAGAAUAGGCGUGACGGCGCGACGGUCAGCACGAGGGUGCUGAGACUGACGGAUCAUUUGGGAGGCCAGCUUUUCGAGGCGGCCAGGGGACAGGAGGGCGCGAGUCGAUUAAGCAAGGAGGAUUCCAAGAUCUUCAUCAAGGGCUUGAAGGAUAGGAAGAAGAGGAAGAGCUUUGACGGGCGGGCGCAUUUGUAG